AUGUUCGUUGCCAAGUUAGAGUUUCGUCCCUUGCCGAAUAAUAAUCUUCAGGAGAGUAUUAAACAAAUGUAUUCUCUCAAGUGGGCCUAUCCGAAUGAUUUGGGUAGAAUGUCGCAUUUGGAUAAUGUGCAAGCUAUUUCCUCGGAAGAGAAUAAUCUUCAACAAUUCAAUCAUGAAUGGAGUUUAAUCUCUAGGAGAAUCUUUAUGGAUCAUUUUCUUGAUGAGCCUCUAAAUGGUGAUGAAGAAGCAGAGGAAUCCAAUAAUGGUGAUGAAGAAUCUACUUGUAGAAUGAUUCAUCUUGAUGAUUUGCAAAAUCUUAGAAAAUUUAGAUUGGAGCAAGAUGAGAGUAAGGAGAUGGACAAGUUUAUUAUCAAACAUUCUAAGAAAGCCUCCGAGGAAGAUGAUCUAUUUCACGAUGAUAAUGUUGUUUUUGUUAUGAGAAAGUCAAUGACUGCUGUGUUGGCUAAAAUUCAGAGAAGUUUCGAUCUUUCACAAUGGUUUGAAACAUUGAAGAAAUCGUUUGGAUCUGAGCAAGCUGUUAAUCAAUUGUUAAUAUCUCCAAUUCAUAUUAUUAGGGAAGAGGAGGAAUUCCUCGAAUUGAAAUCAGUUCAUCAUCUUGAUUCAGUCUUUGUGAGAUGUGAUGGUUGCUCCCCUAAAGAUGUUUCUGCAGAAUGUUUGUACGAAACCACCAGAAAUGGUUGGAAUGAAUUGAUGGAUCACAUUCAAAGAUCAACUCGUUGCAAUCUCUUCUUUGAGAGAAUGAGAGAUUUGAAUCUGUAUGAAGAAUUAUACAUUGCUCGACCAAAAGUUAACAUUCUCAAAGAAAUGAGAUGUAUCAUUAUCGAUCAAAUGUUGCACUAUGUUAUUGAUGAAGGAAAUGAAGGAUGGUCCUUUGUCACAGGAAAGAAUUAUAUUAAAUAUAAUGAUAACAUGAUGGAACCAAUUAGAAAGAUGUGCUCUCUCAUUACCAAGCACGUUCCAUUUGAUAAUUUCACAUUAGAUUUGGGACUUGUCAAUGGAUCAACAGAAGAUGCAUUGGAAUGGAAAGUAAUAGAGUUGAAUACCAUUCUAAAGGGAAUUACAGGACUCGGUGAGGCUGAGGAUAAUAUUGAUUUGACCAGAUAUGACCAUUCAUUUGCAAGAAGUGAACCAAUUGUCUAUGCAGACCAAGACUAA